CCAUUCGUAUUCGGGCACACCCUCGGCUCUGCGGUUCGUUAACGACUCUCUUGCAUCGGACCCACCGAUCAUCUAGCCAUCGCUGACAGCCGCGCUUUCGUCUCGGCAUGCUGUCCUCAACCAAGGCCUCAGGCGCGUUCCGCCCUUUCAGAAGGGCAUCGGCCGCAGAUCCGUCGUCCGUCUCGAUUCAUGAAAGCAUCGCCCCGUCCACACGGUCCUCCAAAUGGGGGUGGGUGCGAAAGAGUGGCCGACGCGAAGCCCCCACGCAAACCGAUCUGCUGGUGGAGCAGAUUCAGCAGGCAAUCGAGAAGCAGCGGUCUCGUCUUGGACGAAGCGAGCCUCGCGCCGUGAGGGACCAGAGACAGAGCGAGUUUCUGGAGGUGGUUGCCGCGCUGCUGGACGAGUAUCUCGAGCGCUUUACGACAGCAACGCUGCACCAGCUCUCCUCCAGCAAAGUCUCUUCGGACACCCUUGACCCUGGGCACGAUGUGCUGGGCAUCCCUGCCCUUGCGGCAUCCAGCCGGAUCCAGUUUUACGAGUCCUUGGGCAGUCCAAGUCGCCACGAGCUCCACAAGCAUCCUGGCGGCAUCCUUGCGCCGGCCAUCCUCGACGGCCUCGCCGCUAUCCAGUUUGCGCCGAUGGGCACUCCCGACAGUCCCUGCGGUUCCAAGGGACUCGGCCUCGUAUGUGAAAUUGUCGAAGUGGGCUUUGUUCAGCACAAGAUAUCCACAUGGACUUUGCCGUGUGCCAUGAGCAAUCCUCCAAAGCGACCGCUCGAUGAGCGCGAGUGGGUCGCCCUCGGAAGCUGCAAAGGCAUGGUGUCGGUCUUGGUGCAAUUCUUUGACGGACUGGCCAAGGGGCGCCCACAACCAACAGCACCCUACACCAAAGCCUUUUCGCUGUUCCUCUCUCCCGCCACGAUGGCAGCAGCGCCCCUCUACCGACCCGAUUUCAGCUUCAGUUACCGCCACCAGUUUGACUUUGAGGCAUUUGCCAACGACCGCUCCUCGAGGCUUGAAAAUGAGUCGAGGGAGUGCCAGCAAGCCUACGCUCGAAUCAAGGCUCUGUAUGAGCGCCAUUUUAGCUCACGCCAGGCAGCACCGAGACAGGAGCAGCCCAAGAAGCAAGACUCCAAAUUCGACGAUGCGCUUGACAUGAGCGUGGGAAUCUCACCCGACACUCCCGCAUGCCCACCUUGCAAUACCGUCACCGGCAGCAGCACCGCGGCCUCCUCGGACCAGUCGCAUGGCAGCAGGGGCCAUCUCGCCCAGAGCCUGAUUUCCAGGGUCAAGGUCUCGGCACUAGCAUCAUUCUUUGAUUCUCUGUCGUUCACAAACGAGCAUCAGAAGUUUUCGCGCUCCAAGGAAGCCCGGACCAAUUCUGUCGAUGUGUUGCCCGAUAAGAACGUCUCGGCUGGAAGUUUGCCAGCGACCAGCCCGGUUUUAUCGCCGCUUGGGCAGGUCCAUAGAGAUAGCAGCUCAUCACUCACCCACUCGGGUCCGUCUGCAUUUCGCUCCGCGGCAUUCGGCUCACCGCCGAUACUUGGCAGCGCCAGCACAAGAACCUCCGACAGCACCCUCUCGCCGUCCCAUCCAGCCCCACAGGCGCUGGCGACACAGCCAAUUACCUUUGGACAGCUGCCCCUGCUGCCUCAUUCGCCUCCAGUUCCGCAGCAGCAGCACCAAAGCCCACUUGAUCUUUAUCCUGCUACGCCGGCCACACCGUUCGCGCAGCUGCUUACACAGUCUCAGCCGCUGCCAUUUGGCAGCCUCGGAUGCUUAGCACCAACCGCUUCUAACUCGGCUGGAUCCGCACAAGCCUAUUCGCUCUCGUUGGCAGUUGCCUCUGGGAGUGCACCGCCCCGGCUCGGCUUGCAUGCCACAUCCUCGCCCACAGUGUCCCUACCGCCUUUGGCUUCACUCGCAUCACCCGCGAGCACGACUCUAUUCUCAGGGCUGACUGGUCCCUCGGGUUCUGGCUUGGUGUUUCCGCCACCGCCUGCUGCCUCACGAUUUGUAACAGCGGCUCUACCCGGUGCCACGGCUCCAGGACUUCUCGGCACUUUGGCACCACCACCACCACCACUGCCAUCACCAUCCAGCUUUGUGAUCGAAGGCAAGCCAAUGUCCUCGCCAUUUGCAGCGCUGGUUGCUGCUAGUCACGAAGGAGCUGCGAUCAACCCUGCUCCUUCGUUUUCGUUCACACCUACGAUCCCGCAACCAUCCGCGCCGAGUAUGAAUGCUUGCGCAUCACCUUUCGCCAAACUCGUCGUCGAAGCCAAUCCAACGAAUCCAGCGAACUCAGCCAAGGGAAUAGACACGUCGUCAUUCUUUGUGGACGCUUGUCAUGGUAUGAAAACCUCACCGAUUGCCAAGACUGAAACAACUGCGGGCAAGCCAGAGUCGUUGGCCAAGACUGCUUUUGUUAGUCAACAUGAAGACCCGAAGCCCGAGCGCGAGGUCAUGGCAUCCCAACCCAUGACGAAGCAGCGGGGGUCUCUUGUGAGCGUGCACCAAAGUGAAAGUGCCUCUUCCAGCCUGAGCGAGCGAUUUGGAGGCAGCAAGCUCGCUUUCGAGCAAGCAGCAACACCCAAACGAGCCGGCGUUCAACGAGAGCUUUCUGGACUGGAGAAUGCGAGACAUGUAUCUAGGCUGCUUGAGAAGUUCUCGGGCUAAGAUGGUGGUCUGUGGGACAUGCAAAUGGCUCGGUCGGCAUGGAAUUUCGAUUGAUAUGGAGAUGGUAGGGUGUCUUCCUCGACGAUUACACGCUUCAGAGACUACUCAGUGCAUGCUGCCACAACGGCGGAAAAUGAAGCGGGGCGGGCAUUUAUCAUGUGCGGUGGCGAUUAUCUCAGUGGCCUACGAAUAAACUCAUAUCCAUAAAUG